CCCGAAGCGGCGGAAUGUUGGACCUCGUCGCCCUGUGUGAAGGGAGAGCAGCGCCUCAACACCAAGAGAAUUCCAAGCGACGGUUACAAUGAGACGCGAGGACAACAUAAGGUGGUAGCAACUUCCCACUCCACUCGAAGUCUCACCAACUCAAUCGGUUGGCUCUACAAGGUGCCGAAUCUUGCCAAUUAUUGCGCUUCCAAAUCAACAAAUUUAUCAACGGUGCGAAACACAGACGGCCUGGACCGGCAGCGGCAGCGGCAGCAAUGGCAUCAACUCUAACAAAAUCGGAAGAACUCCGGAUCAUCAAGUAUUACGACCUCGACCAUGAUCCGACAAAGUCACUCGUGGAGGUAGAACGGACCAGCGACGGUGAAAUCCUCCUCGGGUGCCGCCUGGACAAGAAGAGCACGUCACAGGGGUUCAUGGAGUUCUUCAAUGACACCCCGGCGAAUGACUUGAUCAAGCAACUUUUAAACCACGAGAACCUCGUGUCAAUCGCGGGGGAGGCCACGGGCGCCAGAAUCGUCAAAGCCAACGGAAGUACAGGCGUCCAACCGUGUCGAUAUCUCGUCUAUGACUACUGCGACGCGGGUACGCUCCACACCAUGCUCCAGAAGCCGCCGGCGCCGCUGACCAGCACGGGGUUCAUCCCGCCAUCGCUUUGUUGGCACGUGUUGGUCAGCCUGCUAAGGGCGCUGGCUUGGCUGCACGACGGCUACCGCGAGGACGGGGUCGGCACCACGGUCGAAGCGCCGCGUGGCAUGGACUAUGACGGCGACGAGCAGGACAACUGGUUCCAGGACGCGGACUGGUUGGCAGUACUGCAUUGCAACAUCACGCCCGAGAAUGUCUUUUUGCAGAGGCCCAGGGGUACCGAGACGUAUGGGCUGGUCAAGCUGGGAAACUUCUCUAACGCCCAAACCGCGACCCAUGUGCGUGGGGCGAAUGGGCUCCUGGUGGCCUUUAGGCGCCUCGGGGAUGCUGAAUCCUCGUCUGACCAGCUGGAAGAGCUAAGGGAUGGAAAUUUUGGCAGAUUUCCAAGAGAAUAUUCAUAUUACACUCGAGGUUCCGACCUCCGAGCUGUAGGUGGCAUCCUGUACCAUAUGAUGACGGGCAUCGCACUCCCGCCGCCCAACAGAUGCCCAGUGUGUGACUGUGGCUGCUUCCACUGCGAACGGGGCGCAGCUCCCUGCCAGCACGGCUGCUUCGAAAAUGUCGACCUGUCAAGCCCGGACAAGUGCUUCGAGCUGUUUAGCGAACUCACCGACUACCACGGGCCCUACAGGGAGAAGGAUCUUUGCAUACAAGUGGCCAGCCUGAUAGCGAUCGACCCUCAGACUGACAGGAUUGAUAGUACAGUCUCGCUGUACCAGGUGGUCAAGGCAGCACACGAGGCCUGGCUGAGUUCUCACCCAGAUGGCCAGCUGAUCGUUACACUGGACGACGACCUGUUGGCUAGGGAGAGCAGGGCAUGGAAGAAGGCUGAGAGGGUAGUUGCAGCGGAAGAGAGUGCAUAGUGGUAGUAUUUGAGCAUGUGCUGUUGUCUGGAGGCCGACCUACUUGAUUUGAUAUACUGAGGGGAUUAAUUUUGUUUUGUCUAUUAGCUUGAAAGAAGAAAGACCCACCCCACAUUGUGCGAGCAUCGUCAAUUAAACAGGCUCGAGUUGGUCAAAC